ACCUGGAGGUGGUACUAGGAAAGCAAACAACGUCUAUCAACUCCACGAAGCGUCGCGGCAAAUCUGCAACAACCAGCAACCAACCAAGAAAUCGGUUCGAGCCCUCAAAGUCCUAAGUCCCCCAGAUGCCGCGCCACCAGACGCAACACCCACGAUGAUACUCCAACACAUCCUCGCGCUCCUCGCGGCAGCCGCACCUCUCGCCCUGGCAGAGCCGCAAACCGCCGCCAUCUACAUCCAGCCCAUCUCGUCCUCCUCGCCAGCACCGCCGGCCCCGCUAGCCGAGAUAACCUACGACCUUGCCGAGGCGAGCGACCCGACGGCGCAGGUGACAUCUUUUGAGCCGCCGGAGCUGCCAGAGUCGGCAUCGCUCGUGCGCAUCGGCGUCUUUGACGCAGCGGCCGAUGAGUGGCUGUCGUCGACGUCGGUCGCCAGCGUCGACAACUUCAGCAAGGGCUACUCGCCGCAUUUCGUGCUAACCCUCGGCCCGCCGGGUGUUGCUGGCGGUGAGGAAGGGCCCGCGCCCGUCAUCAUCGGGGCCGCCGUCAAGGGUGUCAAGGUCGACGCCGGCGCUACCAGGGAUUUUGGGCCGCAGGCGGUCCUGGUGAGUGGUGAGAGGGCACCGCAGCCGGCGCUGAACCGGCCCGUCGUGCUCAACAAGGAUGGUGCUGGUCGCGGUGGAGAGGUUGAAGAGAAGACGUUUUUGCAGAAGUACUGGUGGGCACUGGGACUGUUGGCGUUCGUUAUGGUUACCGGCGGUGGAUCCGAUAAAUAGACAGGAUGCUGGUAUAUAAAGACCUAUGAUGGUUUGAGUGAUGGGCCUGGUCGGAGUACGGAACUAGGACUAUGAAACCACUAUUCGCCUAUAUAAUGAAAGCAUGGCCUGUGGUAUUGCCAUCCAGUUCUUCAAACUAAAGCUUUACAUGAAGCGGUUAUAAUAGUCUAGUGCCAGUGCUUCUGAUACAUAUGCUCAUUGGAAUGGAGGGGAGGUCUAUAAUAGUCGCCUACGCCGAUAUAUUAAGACCAUUUAGUUUCUCGUGGCUGGGUCUUCAAAAGAUGCCCGUGCCAUGUUUGUCCCAGUAACUUCUUG